GGCGAGCCAUUGCCCCAUUUCCGUCCGAUUUGGCCGUCGUUCUCGUCUCCCCUCCGCCGCCGUCGCCGCCGCCGCAGCAGCAAGCAGCAGAAACCCUAGACCUCGGCGAGGGAGCGGGAACUCUAUCCAAUCCAUCUAUCCAUCCAUCAGAAGAGGGGAGUGAGAGAGACAGAGCAGAUGAAGUACGGCGCGCUCCUCGCGGCCGCACCCCUCACCGCCCGGCCGACCCGUCUGCCCCACUCGCCGCCGCCGCCGCCCUCUAUCCAGAUUCAGAAUCGACUUUGUUCGAUUCCGUCACUUCCACUAAAGGCUCGAGGCAUGAUAAGAUGCGAGGCUUCUCUAGCAAGUGACUACACGAAGCCGUCUGAGGUGGCUGAUUUGGACUGGGAGAACCUUGGUUUCGGAAUCGUGCAGACCGACUCCAUGUAUAUUGCAAAAUGUGGACAUGAUGGGAAUUUUUCUGAGGGCGAAAUGGUACCGUUUGGACCUAUAGCGCUGAACCCAUCCUCCGGAGUCCUAAAUUACGGACAGGGACUAUUUGAAGGUCUAAAAGCAUAUAGAACAACAGAUGACUCUAUCCUAUUAUUUCGCCCAGAGGAAAAUGCACUGAGAAUGAGAACAGGUGCAGAGAGAAUGUGCAUGCCUGCCCCUAGUGUUGAGCAUUUUAUGGAUGCAGUGAAACAGACUGUUUUAGCAAACAAGAGAUGGGUGCCUCCUACUGGUAAAGGUUCGUUGUAUAUUAGACCGCUACUUAUGGGAAGUGGUGCUGUUCUUGGUCUUGCACCUGCUCCUGAGUAUACAUUCAUUAUAUUUGUCUCACCUGUUGGGAACUACUUUAAGGAAGGUUUAGCUCCAAUAAAUUUGAUAGUUGAAGAUAAGUUCCAUCGUGCAACCCCUGGUGGAACUGGAAAUGUGAAGACCAUAGGAAAUUAUGCCUCGGUCUUGAUGGCACAGAAGAUCGCAAAGGAAAAGGGCUAUUCUGAUGUUCUCUACUUGGAUGCUGUUCACAAAAAGUAUCUUGAAGAAGUUUCUUCAUGUAAUAUUUUUAUUGUCAAGGGCGAUGUCAUUUCAACUCCAGCAGUAAAAGGAACAAUAUUGCCAGGCAUCACAAGGAAAAGUAUCAUUGAUGUUGCUCUGAGCAAGGGUUUCAAGGUCGAGGAGCGCCUAGUGUCAGUGGAUGAGCUGCUUGAAGCUGAUGAGGUUUUCUGCACAGGAACUGCUGUUGUAGUGUCUCCUGUGGGUAGUAUUACUUAUCAAGGGAAAAGGGUGGAAUAUGCUGGGAACAAAGGAGUUGGUGUCGUGUCCCAGCAGCUAUAUACUUCGUUGACAAGCCUCCAGAUGGGCCAGGCGGAAGAUUGGCUGGGCUGGACUGUGCAACUGAGUUAGAAGUAACAAAAUGUUCAUCAUGCUGAUACUACCCUCGUCUCAGAAUAUUAAGAUCUGGUACCAAAUUUGUCAUAAUCUAGUAAUCUAGAUAGAGGAUAUAUCCGGAUUUGUUAACAAGAUGGACAUGAUUGUGGUAAUCUGUUCCUUCAGUUUUGUAGUCUUUGUUGGGGUCAUCUUGCUGUAUGUCAGUAUGAUGUAUAGACGGCGGUGCAUUAACGCGUAUCUGUUUUGCAAAUGGACGACACCAUGCAUGCAGCUUUAUGCUUCGCACGAGAAAUCAGACGUGGAAGGCUUUCCUUUCUACUACCUCCGUACUUCA